AUGCUACUCUCGUCUUCACGACAAUGUUCAUCGAGAUUUCCUUAUCCAACGACUACUACAACAGCUCAGUAUAUCGCUAGUGCCUUCUGGUCAUUCGAUAACAAUGCACUUGAGCUCUAUAAUAGUGGUCUCGAUGGAGCUCUCGCCGGAAGUCCAAGCUAUACAACCAGUGUUUUUGGUUACGGCGCUGCCAUCUAUCUUGCUAGGUCCUCUACUCAAUAUGUUUAUAUCACACCGAAAGUACUACCGUUCGAUUCGCGCAGUUUCACAAUUGAAGCAUGGAUCUAUCCUAUUAGUUUAUCUAGUGGUACUGAGUAUGGCAUAUUUGGUCAAUGUCAAUCGAGCAGCUACGAUUUAUGUUUACAUUUUAUUAUUCGAAGUAGCGUGUUGUAUUGUGGAUUCUUUUCAAAUGACGUAUCUGGUGUAACUACUUUGACAAAUAAUACAUGGUAUCACGUAGCUUGCAUCUAUGAUUCGACCACGCAGACGCAACAAGUCUGGCUUGAUGGUAACCUUGAUAACUCACGUUCUGCCAGUGCCUACAAUGGACUAUGGGGAAUAACAACUAUAGGUGCUACUUUUGAAUCAGGUAAUGCAUCUAGUUUCAAUGGAUAUAUUGACAAUACAAGAUAUGCGGGAAGAGCUAAGAAUUCAACUGAAAUUAGUAAUGACGCUACUCUACAGGUUUACUAUUCGUUUGAUGGUGGUGCACUUACUGACAAUGGUCCCAACGGUAUUAAUGGUACAGCCUAUGGAAGUCCAUCAAGUACAACUGGUCGCGUGAAUGGCGCAUUGCAAUUCAAUACGGGACCCUAUAUAAGCUAUUCAUAUCAUCCAUUUUACUUUUUGGGUGUCAACGGUAAACCACAUACUAUAGCCGUGUGGGUGAAGCCAACAGGAAGCUAUUCGACACAAACAAUUGUUUUCGUAGGAUCAAUAUCUUAUUGGUGUGUUCACUUUUUGGUCAUGCAUUCGAAUGGAAGGUUGUAUGCAAAUAGUUGGAAUGGCGCUGGUGUACCUUUGACUGGUCCCAUUCUGCCAUUAAACACCUGGACACAUAUUGGUUAUACUUAUAGUAGUACCAACGGUGUUCGACUGUACAUUAACGGUAGCUUUUACUCAUCGACAGGUGCCUUUACAUUUAGCGCUGCUGGUCAAUCAGUGCCUAUCGUAUUGGGAGGAGAUAAAAUCGUUCAUUAA